UCUCGUUGAAUCUCGUCUCGAGAUGAGGAUAUUGAUAGUCGCCGCCGUUUAAGUAACUUUAACAAGUAGCGUUCGAUAAAUGGUGAAGGUCGUUGCUGAUUCAUGCUGGAUGAUCGCUCGUUACGUUGGCAAAUUCUUCAAACUCUUCCUCGCACGCGUCUCUAUAAGAAAGAAAGAAUUAUGUGUUAGGGUUGCUAGUUUUAAUUACUCUUACUUAUAAUAUAUUAUAAAUAUCCACAUUAGCCACACGGACCACAAUAUUUACAUGGCAAUUUUCUAUAUAAGGCAGGGUAUAACACGAUACUCUAAUUUGUAAAAUUUACGAUGCAACCGUUUGGUUCCCCUAAAAUGACUUUAAUAUAUCGGUAAAAUUUGUUUCUUCUCUUUCACUCACUGAUCAUCAGGAGUUUGUUUAUAAUUUUUUUUAAAGAUACGUAGAAAGUGAAAAACGCCUGUAAACUAUAUAAUGAAUCUUUAUGAUUUAUGAUAAAAAAUCGACUUGGUAUGUAACGAUCUGUAAACGUUGAUGUUUAAUGUUAGUACGUUUAUUGGAACCAUUAUGCGCAACAUAGUAUCACGUUAAUUUUAAUGCAUACUCUGCAGUUACCUCAAGUUCUAUCAGGUACUUUUUUAAAAAAUAUCACAAGAGUAAAUAUUUAUAUCUCUGGUACACACUGGUGUCCUGAUCCGACACGUGAGAAAGGAGCCCAUUUUUUAUUUAUUCUUAAAAUAAUGUAAAAACUUGAAUAGGUUAUUGUUAUAUGCUAAAGGCUAAAAAUUUUUUGCACAAGUUGUUUAUGUGACAAACAAUUGACGAAUAAUCUGUCAUAACCUAUUGAAAUUGCUCAAGUUACAUAAAGUCACACGUCACACAUAAUACAAAUUGAAAUUUCUAGAAAUUCUUGCUCAAGAAAGUUUCUAAACUUUCAUUAGAUAUCUCUACUAUUUAACUGCUGUUCAACUUUUAUGUAAAUGUUUUCCACAAUCUCUAAUAAUCCAAGUAAUCCAAGGAAUGAAUCAAAUAAUGUGUUACCAAGUGGUUAUACAGAAAAUGAGGUUCAGGAAUAUAAGGAUUCUCUUAAAACCAAGGCUGAAGAGUUGUUGGUGAAAGGAUUUCCAGAAAAAAUAGUUAAACUAAAUGAAUUAUUGGAGACACCUGGAUUUAGCAAUCGAAAGCUGUCCGAUGUACAUCAAGACUUAAAUGUACCCAUUCCAGACCCUAUAAUUCUUAAUCAUUCCGAAGAUGCCCCUGCUGCGAAAAAGCUUAAAUUGGACAAUAAUGGAGAAGAGACCAGCGGAACCAAAGUUAUGGUGCUUCCAACUGGCCCUGUACCAUGCAAUAAAAAGUUGUGCGAUUUGAUUCACAUAGUUAAACCCUACAUCAGGCAACUCUUGGAGGAUUCCAAUUUACUAAAAAUGUGGAUCUCUUUUUUAAUCCCAAAAAUCGAAGACGGAAACAACUUUGGUGUAUCUAUUCAAGAAGAUACAUUAUCUGAAAUUCAAUCGGUUGAAAGCGAAGCCGCGGCAUUCUUCGAUCAAAUUUCUAGAUAUUUCAUCUCUAGAGGAAAGAUUGUUAGUAAAGUCGCGAAAUACCCACACAUCAUCGAUUAUAGAAGAGCGAUUCAAGAACUAGACGAGAAGGAGUAUGUAAGCUUAUGGCUCGUCAUGUGUGAAGUUCGCAAUCGUUAUUGUUCGCUGCAUGAUCUCGUGAUCAAGAACCUGGAAAAGAUCAAACGACCACGUUCCUCCAACGCGCAAUCCUUGUAUUAGGCAUUAGGUUUUACGCGCUGUACUUACCUACGUGCGGAGUACGUCAACACGAACAUUUAUCGAAAAUAUAAUAAUAUAAAGUAAAA